CUUGGAACAUUUCUUUAAUGUUUGCAGCGAGUUUACUAAAUGUGCACGGUGAGUCUACUUACAGUCUAAACUCAGGGAAUACGUGGAAAAUGUAUUAAACUGGACAAAAAUGUCCCAAAAAAUCAACCAGAGUCCAUCAUGUGAACCUGGUGAAAUGAGGUGCAGUGAUCUAGAUGUGCCUCUGCUCACUGUCGAAGACAUUGGCAUGAUCAAAAACUAUUUAUGUCAUUUAUCAUAUGAACAGUGGACAGUAUUGGACAGUGAUGCCAUAUGCUUGGAUGCUGCUCAGCUUUGCAAGAUGUGCCAGAUCGUUAUACGUGACAUUAGUGUCUUGGUACUGAAAAAUAUAGAAUUUCAGGUUUUGUCCAAGCCACAUGUGCAUGUUCCCAAUGAUGACAAAGGCACCACGUCUAAAUCGCUAAAUGGUGAGCCUCUGCUUGAUGGGUGCAGUUACUGCAGGGUGACGGAGGAUGAUAUUCAAGCCACCCUUGACCACGUCCUUGAGAAAUGUUUUGGUCUGGCCCUGGGUCUUAAACAGAAGCGCUCCUAUGAGUCAGAUAGACUCUGUACUUUAUUUUCGGCCGAGAUUGCCAAGAACGUGAACUCAGCCCUGCGUAAUAUUACAGGGUCUACUUCUCUGCAAUCAGAUGAAUUCAUAUCACCAUCAAACUUAAAAGAAAUGGUUGGUCAUGUGAUCAAUAUUUUAAUCACAUGCAGAAAUUCCCAGAUUUACCCAGAAGUUCAAAAGUCUGAGCGGCACAGUUCAAAGACCGAUACAAUCUCUUACACUACACAACAAAGUCAUGACUUAUUGGAUUUUCUUGAUUCCUUGAAUUUUGGCGCUUUAGACUCUGAGGAAGAUCAACAUGUUCAGACCACCAAAGUUAAAGGUUUUCAGCAGGACAGGGCAAAGACAUUUUCUAUAACUCCCUCUACAACAAAAAGUACUGAUUCCCUCCGGUGUCUACCUGCAAGGACAGCACCAUCUGGUGGCAAAACAGUUCAAACUUGCACAUCACCAUCUGGUGGUGUCCUUGCAUCACAAGAUCUUCUUAAGUGUUCAGAUGACGAACUCUUUCUCACCACGUGUAUCACAAAGUUAGUCAUUCACAUUGCUAACAAAACCCAUACAGCACCUGCAAACUUAGAUUUUUAUCAGAUAGCGACUCAAUUGAAAGACAGGAUUGUGGAUGAACAGAGAUACACUAUGCUACAAAACAGUACAAACUUGCACAUCACUAUCUACAAAGAACUGUGUUGCAAAUUUAGAUCCAAAUAUGUGCUUCUAGGAGUGAUGGAAAUGAAUGAUGUGGCUUUUGUGGAAGCCCUUGCAGAGAUGUUAAAAGCAGAGCUUAAAAAACUGACAGAAAAGAAAAGCUCUAAAAGCUUGUGGAGAAUUUUCAGAAGGAGCAACAAGGUUUCACCAGUCCGUCUGAAUAAAGCACUGGAGUCUCACAGUGAAGAACAUAAACAGAGGAAUGGGUCCACACCCUCACAUCAAAACAAAGAGGGCAGCAGAAACACCAGCACCUUCUCUUCUAUGUUUACUUGUCUCAGGAAGGCAUUCACUUGCUGCAUAACCAGUCAGGAUUAACAGCCUCAGCAGAAUAUUGAAAAAUCAUCACAAGUUCAUUUUUCAAGAUAAAUCAUAUUUAAAAUGUCUGAACUUAAAAUACACUUUAAUGUGCUAGCUUGAGAAAUUAGGGUCAAGUCCCUGCUCUAGUUUGUCAAGUUAUCAAUUUUUAAAAGACCUACAAAGAGAACUCAGCCCCACCCAGUCGCAGCAGAUGGCUGCCCCUCCCUGAGCCUGGUUCUGCUGGAGGUUUCCUCCUGUCCAAGGAGGUUUUUCCUCCCCACUGUUGCCAAGUGCUUGCUCAUAGGGGGUCGUUUUGACUGUUGGGCUUUCUCUGUAAAUAUUGUAUGGUCUCUACUUUACAAUAUAGACU